AUGUCACCGAAUGUGUUUUCCGAGCAAACAUUGACAAUUGUAGGGAAGGCUGGUGUGAUCCCCGGAAUCAAGGUCGAUCUUGGAGUUGUCCCACUCGCUGGAACGAUCGGUGAGACAACCACCCAAGGUUUGGAUAACCUUGCCCAGAGAGCUGCUCAUUUCAAGAAGGGAGGAUGUGGCUUUGCCAAAUGGCGUUGUGUGCUGAACAUUGGACCCCACACCCCAUCUCACCUCGGUAUGCUUGAGAAUGCUAAUGUUCUAGCCAGAUAUGCUACCAUCUGCCAGGCCAAUGGGCUCGUCCCAAUUGUUGAGCCAGAGGUCUUGUGCGAUGGAGAUCACGAUUUAGACAGAGCACAGAAGGUUACGGAGCAAGUGCUUGCUUUCGUUUACAAGGCACUUUCUGACCAUCAUGUGUAUUUGGAAGGAACCCUUCUCAAGCCCAACAUGGUCACCCCAGGACAAAGCUGCCCCAAGAAGGUAAGAUUUUCCUGA